UUACAGAAAGGAAGUGGAAGGAUAAGAUCAAAGGAGAGGAAUGAGGCCUGCAAGCUUGUCAAGUAUGAGUGCAUCCAAUCUGUGGCAUACUCCAAUUCCUUACCUCUUUGGAGGUCUUGCUGCAGCAAUGAUCCUUAUAGCAGCUGCUCUCAUCAUACUAGCAAUCUCACACUGGAGAUCGUCUCGAGAUCAGAACUCGCGGUCGCCGAGCCUACCGGAGAAGCCUGUGAUUGUGCAUUUAGACAUGGAGCCAAAGUUCGUGGUCGUAAUGGCUGGGGAUAGCAAGCCUAGCUUUAUAGCAAAGCCUUUCUCCUUGGUCCGGGAUGCACCAAAGCCAUCAAUCCCACCAAGUUCUCUCAGCCAAGAGCCGUGAUCAUUGAUGACUUAUGUUGUUGCCCUACUGUUGAUCUUUCCCUUCUCUUUUCUGCUUCUGUACUCCCUCUUAGUUUUGUCUCGGCAAAAGCCCAAUUGAGUGUAAACUUUGAGUUGAGAUCGCCAAAGAAAGAUCUUUCAUCUGCUA